AUGUUCUCCUUCGCCAAGAUCGCCACCUUCGCCGCGCUCGCCUUUGGCACCAUCGCGUCGGCUAUUCCCUCUUCUAUACCCGCCACCGCUCCCGAGGCCGGCGAGCUCGUCACCCGCCAGGCGCAGGACGUGACGACCAUCCUGACCAACCUCAACAACGACCUGAAGGACCCCCUCAGCGCCCUCAACGGCAUGACGGCGAGCACAGCCACGUCUGACAACGUCAACACUAGCGUGCAGCAGAUGAUUACGAUGAUCCAGUCGGCUACCGAUGCUCUCGGCAGCGCCUCGGGCACUGGGAGCGGUAACCCCCUUCAGCUCGUCGGUACCACCAUCAACAGUGUCAUGACGGCCGCUAACAACGUGAACGGCGUUUCUUCGGACGUCGCUGUACUUGGUGUCCUCCAGCUCCUUGACCCGAUCUUGGCCGCUCUCGUCGCCCUAGUGCUUCAGCUCGUCGCCGGUGUGCUCACUGUCGUUGUCGGCCUUCUCGUCGGCCUUCUCGGCGGUGUUGUCGGCCUCAUCCUCGGCCUGGACUUCGCGUCACUGGCGUCGGUGCUCCUCCUCUGA